CGAGCGGUUGGCAAUAGCGCCAAGUGCGCGUUCUACGGUCAGUGAUAUUUUGUUUGGCCGAUUUUUUCGCGGUGCGACUCGGCCGGCAAGUGAAAACUUGCGUGACUCGUCAAUCGCACGACGAACCUACGGGAAACACCGCACUCGCAAAUCUAAUGUGAUUCCGCUGCGUUUUUGCGUGGAAGCGCAACGGAAAAGUCGACGUCAUGGGUCUGAUCUCGGAUCCGCUUCUGUUCGCAAUCGCAUUGAUUGAUACCGGUGCAGUGUUGUUUCUCCUGGUGUAUUACAUCAUAACGCUGUCGGACCUCGAGUGCGACUAUUUGAACGCGCAAGAAUGCUGCUCCAAGUUAAAUAUGGGAGUGUUGCCAAAGUUGAUAGCACAUACUCUCCUGGUAUUGCUGUUGUUGCUACAAGGACAAUUAAUAUUAACGCUCGUAAACAUACCGAUGACGGUAUGGCUGUUUUACGAGUACCUUGGCGUACCCAGUGGUAACAUGGGGGUCUACGAUCCUACGGAGAUCCAUAACCGCAGCCAACUGAAAACAUAUACACGGGACUGUAUGAUUCAUCUUGGAUACUGUCUCGUGUUCUUCUUCAUUUAUCUGUACUGCAUGAUCGUAGCGCUGCUCAAGGGAGACCCCAUCAACAGGAGCGACGACACCAUAGUGGAGUUAUGAGCGCGGGGAGGAUCGAGUCGUCGGUCAUACAAGUCUCAUUUUAUAUUUAUCGUGCGUUUGCGUUCUUUUACAUUCUAAUAAUUUGUAAAAAUAUUUCGCAUCCACGGCGUCUAAUGCUCGAUGCAUCGAUCACGUCUCUUCACCGUUAGAUAAUGCUAGUUAUUGCUUAAGUUUUUUCUCUAUCAUGUUCAUUAUGUAUACUCAAGUAACUGUUAUCGUUCACGGUUCCUAUUUAUUUCAAAGUAAUUUCAAUUUAAUACUUUUGAUAUCUCCUUCGGUUGGAAGGCCUCACGCACGUUGGACGAAGUAGAUAGGAACUACGUAUAAACACUAGGCACACGGUGUACUGUCUGUCCAUCGCGCUGCGACAACGUACGCGGAUGAUCGUAAGUUUCUAGUCGUAAAGCCGUAAGCGAAAGUCUGUACUAUAGCAGGAAUUGCGUUUGCAACAAUACAACGGUAAUAUUUUAAUAUUUUA